CCGAAAUCAGUGGUUAGUUCCGACUUUACACGGACACGAUCGUGAGUAAAUAUAGAACAGGCGACCUCAUGAAGUACCGCGCCCGAUCCUCGUGUCUGCGCCACUUGUGCGGAAGCAUGGUGAGGAAAAUAAGCUGUUCCUGGACACUGAUAGGCCUGGUCGCUGUGAUAACGGCGUUGGUGACCUUGAUCGCUCUCAGAGGCGCCCCCCCUGAGCACUGGGAGAAGAGCGACUUCCUCCGGAGACCCUUCUUCCAAGCCAGCUACCACGGCGAGGAAAACGACAAUUAUUUCUCGAACAGUACCGAAGGCUUUGCGAGUAAUGGGGGCGAGGACGACGAUUACUGGGAGGGCAUUACAGAGAAAGAUGAAGAGGAAGAAAUACUGGAAGAACGAGGGGGCGAAGGAGAAACGGUUGAGGGAGAAACAACAAAAGGGGAAGAAAGAAAUGAAGGGACAGAGGAAAGGGUAAUAAAGGAAGGCGAAGAGACGGAGGAAGACCAGCCACAGGAGACGAAGAAACAGAAGGUCGUCGUACUGUGGACUGGCUGGCGAAGUGGUUCAACUUUCUUGGGAGAAUUACUGAAGAGGGUGUCCAAGAAAACGUUUUACAGCUACGAGCCCCUCCAUCUGUUCCGUGUCCGCGUCUUCGACAAGAGAGAAGACGACGAUACCCUUCUGCCUCAGGUGGUCCUCCUUCGCGACCUCCUGUCAUGCAACUUCGAAGCUCACCGGAACCUCGUGAAUUACCAGAAGAGCAAAGUGUGGUACCUGCGCGCCAACUCAUACCUCGGCAGCGCUUGCAAGAAAGGCAAAAAACACGUUGCAGAUUCAGAUUGCUCCAGUCCGCGAUUCGUGAGUGAGAUGUGUCGAUCGGCGAGCGUGCAUCUGAUUAAGGUCCUCCGCCUAAGCCUCCGCUGGGCUCGAGCGCUGCUGGAGGAUAAAAACCUUGAUUUCCAAAUCCUUUACCUGGCUCGUGAUCCUCGGGCUGUUUUAAGCUCACGAAAACAUGUGGGCUGGUGCAACACGCCGACCUGCAAAGACCCGAAUAUCACUUGCUCCCUCUUGGCUGGAGACUUGGCGGAGGUACCAGUUCUUCAGAGGGAAUUUCCACAGAGAUUCAAGUUCUUACACUACGACGAAAUCUGCCAGGACAUGACCACCAGCCUGACAGACAUAAUGGACUUCCUGGGCCUCUCCGUGCAGCCAGAACAGACCAAGCUCCUGCAGGCCGAGAAGACCUCGAGGGACAAAUACUCAGUAUUCAAGAACAGCCUCCUCCAGGCCCAACUCUGGCGCAGCAGAACGUCCUUCCAGAGCAUCGUGCAGCCCGUCCAGAGGUCCUGCAAAUCCUCUCUGAAGAAGCUGGGUCUGAGGAUCUUCCAGACGGAGAAGGAAUUCCACGAUCUCGAUGUCCCGGCGCUUGAGAGGCCCUCGGUGCUGUAGGGCGCUCGU